GGCCGUCCCAGGGAGCCGUGGAACGGCAGCUCCGGGAGAGGAGCCGGGCGGUGGCGGCGGGCGCUGCCGGACGGGCUCGGGCGCUUCACGCUGCGCUCCGUGAGGCACCGUGCUCUCGCCAAGUUCCUGCUGUGUGGAGAUGCUGCCGGUGGGACACGGGGCUGCUGCGGAUCUCGGUCUGCUCCACUGGCAGCAUGGCAUGAGUGCAGCUGGAGAGAGAGGAGAAGUCGGCUAGGAAGGUGUUUGCCAACCAGGCACGGCACGGAGGGCAGCCAGCUGCCUGGGAAUCCACCUGGGAAAGAAACCUCUGUGCCAGUGCCAGGGUGAGAGCUUCGGCUGUGAGAGCAGCGUCGGCAGGUGGUCACCCCCAUGGGGCUGCUCUCUGCUCUGAGUUACUGUUCUUCUGUAUGUGAGGGAACUGCCCACGGUACCUGUCCCGUGCCCCUAAAGGCUCCUGGGCUUUCAUCCUGUUUGCAGAGAGGGGGACUGUCACUAGCUCAUCCAUUGCCCUGACUCUUGCCCUUGGAGGAAAAUAGUCAUGGGGGAAACGGGGAAAGAAGAGUACAAAAUACAGUCCUUCGACUCCGAGACUCAGAAGCUGCUGAAAACAGCCCUCAAAGACCCCAGUAAUGUGGACCUGGAGAAAGUGGCCAAUAUUAUAGUGGACCAGUCCCUCAAAGACUCUGUGUUCAGCAAGGAGGCUGGGCGCAUCUGCUACACCAUCAUCCAGGCAGAGAGCAAACAAGUUGGCCAGAGCAUCUUCCGGAGGAGCCUGCUGAACCGGCUGCAGCAGGAGUACAAGGACAGGGAGGAGCUGCGCACCCGCUCACUCCAGGCCUGGAUCUGUUACGUCACCUUCAUCUGCAACAUCUUUGACUACCUGAGGGUGAACAAUAUGCCCAUGAUGGCUCUGGUGAACCCUGUGUAUGACUGCCUGUUCAGGCUGGCACAGCCCGACAGCCUGCAGAAGGAGGAGGAGGUGGACUGCUUGGUCCUGCAGCUCCACCGCAUUGGUGAGCAGCUGGAGAAGAUGAACUCCCAGCGGAUGGAUGAACUCUUCUCCCUCCUCCGAGAUGGCUUCCUUCUGCAGGAGGGGCUCAGCUCCCUGUCCCAGCUCCUGCUGCUGGAGAUCAUUGAGUUCCGGGCUGCUGACUGGAAGAUGACGGAUGCUGCCCAGAAAUAUUAUUACAGUGAAGUGACAGAUUAACCUCCUGCAGCAGAGGAGUCCCCAGCACCUUCACCAGCAAGCUUCGUACCAAGUUGGAAUUUUUCACAUUAAUUUUCUAGCACUUCCUGUAAAUAGGAUUUAUACUGGCUAGAGCCUCUCUGCACCUACUGUCAGAUGCAGCUGGUCCUAGUCUGACUUUGGAGGUUCAGAACAGAGGGAAGGACACACUUCACCCAGAAAGUUUUCCCACUGAUUUUGUCUUAAUAUUGGGCUACUGCUAGCAAAGGGCUCGAGAGGCUUCUAGCUCACACCAGCAUUUUUUAUGAGUGUUAAGGAAAGCACAGUUUAGGCUGAGAACAUUUUGCUUCACUCCAAAGCCAGCAGAGCUGUGGGAGGCAACAGGGAAAUCUCCCAGCUCAGGUUGUACCUGGUUCUCUGGGGCAGGUCACAGAACACAUCAUGGCCUCACAAACUCAACCAAGUGCUUUUUUUUCCCAGACUCCUUCCAGCAUGCUGGCUGCACCUGCAUGCACACAGCCUCUCCAACAGCCAGGAAUAGCUGCCACGGGGCAGCCUGCAACAGGACAGGUCCCUGAGUACAUGUAGGAAUGGGUUUUAUAGGUUUUAUACAGUAACUGUCAUUUUUUUUCAGAAUUGUGCAAGUUUCAGCUACAGUAUAUUUCUUAUAAGAAUGGGUGAGGAAGAAACAAAAUAGUCUAUUGAAGGAUUUUUUCUAAUAAAAGUUUUCCACUA